AUGCUGCGCGCCGCCCAAACGCUGCGGCCUGCCACCACCCGCCUCUAUGCGACGACCACCCCCCGAUAUGCGACGACUACCCCCCGGUAUGCGACGACUACCCGCGAAUAUGCCGCCACCACGGCACAUGCGACCGCCCCCACCGACGUCGCCAACUUCCCGCGCGUCGGCGAGCAGCUGCACGGCUUCACCCUCCGCCGCCUGCGUCACGUGCCCGAGCUGGAGCUGACGGCCCUGCACCUGCAGCACGACCAGACGGGCGCCGACUACCUGCACAUUGCCCGCGACGACGCCAACAACUGCUUCUCCAUUGGGUUCAAGACCAACCCGCCCGACGCCACGGGCGUGCCGCACAUUCUCGAGCACACGACGCUGUGCGGCAGCGCAAAGUACCCGAUCCGCGACCCCUUCUUCAAGAUGCUGCCGCGCUCGCUGUCCAACUUUAUGAACGCCUGGACCUUCCCCGACCACACGGCCUACCCCUUCGCCACGACCAACCCGCAGGAUUUCCAGAACCUCAUGUCCGUCUACCUCGACGCCACCCUGCACCCGCUGCUGAAGGAGGCCGACUUCACCCAGGAGGGCUGGCGCAUCGGCCCGGAGAACCCGCUGGCCGGCAAGGACGACGCCGCCCGCAAGCUGGUCUUCAAGGGCGUCGUCUACAAUGAGAUGAAGGGCCAGACCUCGGACGCGAGCUACCUCUUCUACGCCCGCUUCCAGGACCACCUGUUCCCCGCCAUCCACAACUCGGGCGGCGACCCGCAGAAGAUGACCGACCUCACCUGGGACCAGCUGCGCCGCUUCCACGCCGACCACUACCACCCGAGCAACGCCAAGAUCCUGACGUACGGCGACAUGCCACUCGCCGCCCACCUGGAGGCCGUCAACGACCGCCUGCGCACCUUUGACCGCAUCCACGUCGACGAGGACGUCAAGGCGCCCAUUGAGCUGCACAGUCCAAAGCACGUCACCGUCCCCGGCCCGCUGGACCCCCUCGUUCCUCAAGACCGACAGUACAAGACGUCGGUCACGUGGCUCAUGGGCGACACCGCCGACGCCGUCGAGAACUUUGCCCUCGGCCUGCUCAGCAGCCUGCUCAUGAGCGGCUACGGGUCGCCGCUGUACCGCAACCUGAUCGAGGCCGGUCUGGGCGCUGAUUUCAGUGCCAACACGGGCUACGACAGCGCCGGCCGGAGGGGCGUCUUCUCGGUCGGGCUGGACGCUGUCGCCGGCGAGGACGUGCCCCGCGUGCGCGAGGCCAUUGUCGACACGUUCCGCGAAUCGCGGCAGCACGGCUUCGACGACAUCAAGGUCAACGGCAUCCUGCACCAGCUGGAGCUCUCGCUCAAGCACAAGACCGCCAGCUUCGGCAUGGGCAUCAUGCAGCGGCUCAAGCCCGGCUGGUUCAACGGCAUCGAUCCCAUGGACGCGCUCGCGUGGCAGGACACGGUCGACGCCUUCCAGCAAAAGUACUCUGCGGGCGGCUACCUCGAGAGCCUCGUGGACAAGUACCUGCUCACCGAAAACACCCUCACGUUCACCAUGGCGCCGUCCGCGACCUACAGCCAGGAGCUGGUGGAGGAGGAGACCCAGCGCCUGGCGCAGAAGAUUGCCGAGACGACGAGCCAGUUCCCCAGCGCCGAGGCCGCGCAGCAGUACCUGGAGAAGCGCGAGCUGGAGCUGCUGGACGUGCAGGAGAAGGCGCGCACCGAGGACCUCAGCUGCCUGCCCACCGUGCACGUCGAGGACAUUCCGCGCGAAAAGGAGAGGAAGCCCCUCGGCCACACCGCCAUGGGCGACGUCGAGGUCCAGUGGCGCGAGGCCCCGACCAACGGCCUGACGUACUUCCGCGCCGUCCACCGCCUGGAGCAGCUGCCCGACGAGCUGCGGGAGCUGAUCCCGCUGUUCACCGACUCGCUCAUGCGGCUCGGGACCAAGGACAAGACCAUGGAGCAGCUGGAGGAGCUCAUCAAGCUCAAGACGGGCGGCAUCUCCGUCGGCUACCACUCGGCCCAGUCGCCGCUCUCGCUCGACGCCUACGAGGAGGGCAUUGCCUUGUCCGGGUACGCCUUUGACCGCAACAUGCCCGACAUGUACGAGCUGCUGCGCACCAUUCUGCACGAGACGGAUUUCGACAGCCCCGAGGCCGAGAAGAAGAUCAGAGAGCUGCUGCAGGCCUCGUCCAGCGGCGCCGUCAACAGCAUCGCCUCCUCUGGCCACUCGUACGCCAUGCGAUACGCCGAGGCAGGCAUCACCUCGGUCGGGCGCCUCUCCGAGCAGACGGGCGGCCUCACACAGGUCAAGCUGACGACCAGUCUGGCCGGUCUGGACUCGUUGACACACGUCAUCGACAAACUAAAGGCCAUCCAGUCCUUUGUCAUCUCCAACUCCUCUUCCUUGCGCGUCGCCCUCAACUGCGGCCCCGAAUCCGCCUCGCCGAACCAAGACGCACUCGCAAAGUUUCUAAACACGCUCCCCUCCUCCGUCGCCGUCCCCCACACCACGCAGGAAAACACGUACCCCCGCAACGCAAAGUCCUUCUUCCCGCUCCCCUACCAGGUCUACUACGCCGCCCGCGCUGUCCGCACCGUCCCGUACACGGACCCCGCCAGCGCGCCGCUCGAGAUCCUCGCCAAGCUGCUCACCUUCAAGAGCCUGCACCCAGAGAUCCGCGAGAAGGGUGGCGCGUACGGCGGCGGCGCGUACGCGAGGGGUCUCGGCGGCGUCUUUGGCAUGUACUCGUACCGCGACCCGAACCCGGUCAACAGCCUGCGCGUCAUGAGCGAGGCGGGGCUGUGGGCGCGGGACCGGGCGUGGAGCGCGCAGGAUCUCGAAGAGGCCAAGCUCAGCGCGUUCCAGGCGUACGACGCGCCGCAGAGCGUGAGCAGGGAGGGCAUGCGGCUCUUUUUGAGCGGCGUCGACGACGACAUGCUGCAGCGCCGCAGGGAGCAGGUGUUGGACGUCUCGGCCGACCAGGUCCAGCGCGUGGCCGAUGACUUUCUCGUCCAGCGCGCGGCCGAGGCGAAUCUUGCCGUGCUCGGCGAGAAGAAGGACUGGGCGAGUGCCGAGGAGGGGUGGGAGGCGCGCGAUCUGGGCAUGGCGCGGUAA